GCCAAUUCGCUUUUGGGAUUGGCCAGCGGGGUGGUUCCGCUGAGGCGUGGUAGGAAGUGGUAGCUGUCAAUCAGGAGGGAGACUCCAAACAGUGAGCCUGGAGCUGGAGAGCAGCGUUUACCGGCGGAGCGGCCGGUUUUAUGAGUGAAGAUAUGGCUACAGAUUCUCCUAGAAGACCCAGUCGAUGUACUGGUGGAGUUGUGGUUCGCCCUCAGGCUGUCACAGAGCAGUCCUACAUGGAAAGCGUUGUGACUUUUCUGCAGGACGUUGUGCCACAGGCUUACAGUGGAACACCUCUAACUGAAGAAAAGGAGAAAAUUGUUUGGGUCAGAUUUGAAAAUGCAGAUUUAAAUGAUAUGUCAAGAAAUCUUGAAUUUCAUGAAAUACACAGCACUGGGAAUGAACCACCAUUGCUGGUUAUGAUUGGCUACAGUGAUGGAAUGCAGGUGUGGAGCAUCCCUAUCAGUGGGGAAGCACAGGAGCUCUUCUCUGUUCGACAUGGCCCAAUUCGAGCAGCUAGAAUCUUACCUACUCCACAGUUUGGUGCUCAAAAGUGUGAUAAUUUUGCUGAAAAAAGACCCCUUCUUGGUGUUUGUAAGAGCACUGGAUCUUCAAGCACAAGUCCGUCUUAUUGCUGCGUGGAUUUGUAUUCACUUCGUACUGGGGAGAUGGUCAAGUCCAUUCAGUUUAAAACACCUAUUUAUGAUCUUCACUGCAACAAGCGGAUUCUCGUCGUAGUGUUGCAGGAGAAAAUUGCUGCCUUUGAUAGUUGUACUUUUGCAAGAAAAUUCUUUGUUACAAGUUGUUAUCCUUGUCCUGGGCCAAACAUGAAUCCUAUUGCUCUUGGGAGCCGUUGGCUUGCUUAUGCAGAAAAUAAGUUGAUUCGCUGUCAUCAGUCCCGUGGUGGAGCCUGUGGAGACAACAUUCAGUCCUACACUGCCACAGUAAUUAGUGCUGCUAAAACAUUGAAAAGUGGCCUGACGAUGGUUGGGAAAGUGGUGACUCAGCUGACAGGCACGGUGCCCUCAGGUGUGACGGAAGAUGAUGUUACUGUCCAUAGUAACUCUCGGCGGAGUCCUUUGGUCCCAGGCAUCAUUACGGUUAUUGACACCGAAACAGUUGGAUUGGGCCAGGUUAUUGUGAGUGAAGACUCUGAUGGUGAUGGCAUAGUGGCUCACUUCCCUGCGCACGAGAAGCCAGUGUGCUGUAUGGCUUUCAACACGAGUGGAAUGCUGCUAGUCACAACAGAUACCCUUGGCCACGACUUUCAUGUCUUCCAAAUUCUAACACACCCUUGGUCCUCCUCACAAAGUGCUGUCCACCAUCUAUACACUCUUCACAGGGGUGAAACUGAAGCCAAAGUUCAGGACAUCUGCUUCAGCCAUGAUUGUCGCUGGGUUGUGGUCAGUACCCUCCGGGGUACUUCCCAUGUUUUCCCCAUCAACCCUUAUGGUGGCCAGCCUUGUGUUCGUACUCAUAUGUCCCCGCGAGUGGUGAAUCGCAUGAGCCGUUUCCAGAAAAGUGCUGGCCUGGAAGAGAUUGAACAAGAACUGACGUCGAAGCAAGGAGGUCGCUGUAGCCCUGUUCCGGGUCUAUCCAGCAGCCCUUCGGGCUCACCCCUGCAUGGGAAACUGAACAGCCAAGACUCUUACAAUAAUUUUACCAACAACAACCCUGGAAACCCCCGCCUCUCUCCUCUCCCCAGCUUGAUGGUCGUGAUGCCGCUGGCACAGAUCAAGCAGCCAAUGACCCUGGGUACCAUCACCAAACGGACGGGCAAAGUUAAACCACCUCCACAAAUUUCACCCAGCAAAUCAGUAGGCGGAGAAUUUUGUGUGGCUGCUACAUUUGGGACAUCCAGGUCAUGGUUUGCAAAUAAUGCAGGUCUGAAAAGGGAAAAAGAUCAGUCCAAACAGGUUGUCGUUGAAUCGCUCUACAUUAUCAGUUGCUAUGGCACCUUGGUGGAGCACAUGAUGGAGCCCCGACCCCUCAGCACUGCCCCCAAGAUCAGUGAUGACACCCCACUGGAAAUGGUGACAUCCCCUCGAGCCAGCUGGACGCUCGUUAGAACGCCUCAAUGGAAUGAAUUGCAACCACCAUUUAAUGCAAACCACCCCCUUCUCCUCGCUGCAGAUGCAGUUCAGUAUUAUCAAUUCCUGCUCGCUGGUGUGGCCCCCCCUGGAAGUCCUGGGCCCAUUACUCGACAUGGGUCCUAUGACAGCUUAGCCUCUGACCAUAGUGGACAAGAAGAUGAAGAAUGGCUUUCGCAGGUUGAAAUUGUAACACACACCGGACCCCACAGACGGCUAUGGAUGGGUCCACAGUUUCAGUUCAAAAUCAUCCACCCUUCAGGCCAAACCACAGUCAUAUCAUCCAGCUCGUCUGUGUUGCAGUCUCACGGUCCGAGUGACACGCCACAGCCUCUUUUGGAUUUUGAUACAGAUGAUCUUGAUCUCAAUAGUCUCAGGAUCCAGCCAGUCCGCUCUGACCCAGUCAGCAUGCCAGGGUCAUCACGUCCAGUCUCUGAUCGAAGGGGAGUUUCUUCUACAGUGAUUGAUGCUGCCUCAGGUACCUUUGACCGGAGUGUGACCCUGCUGGAGGUGUGUGGGAGCUGGCCUGAGGGCUUCGGGCUGCGGCACAUGUCCUCCAUGGAGCACACAGAGGAGGGCCUCCGGGAGCGGCUUGCUGAUGCCAUGGCCGAGUCACCAAGCCGGGACGUCGUGGGAUCAGGAACAGACACAGCCCUUGAAGUAGCAGUAGAACACAUCACCCCUGAGAGACACAUGGCUGUGAAGUGUUUGGGGAAAAAAAAAGGAAAAAAAAAACAAUGCCAACAGCCCAGCGUCCGUGAGCAACCCAACAGUAACAAAGCAUGCGUUCGCGAUGGAGGAAGAACUUCAGCGAGAGGGAAGCAUCGAGACUCUGAGUAACAGCUCUGGCUCCACCAGUGGCAGCAUACCAAGGCACUUUGAUGGCUACCGAUCUCCGCUCCCCACCAACGAGAGCCAGCCCCUCAGCCUCUUCCCCACCAGCUUCCCGUAGGUGUCAGCUACCUGCUUCCCACUGGCUGGUCCACACCUGCUGGAUGGAGGGGAGAAGCGCCCGCAGCCCUGCCCUCAGUCUCUGCUCCUCUUUCAUCACCUGCCUACCACAAGCUUAGUGACAGUAGCCACUGUCCCACCUGGAUGGAGAAGAGGCCUGUCCCCAGAGCACCUGAGCUCGAUGCACCCUGCCCUUUGCGACCGUCCUGGGGAGCUGUGGCCAGGAGAGGCUGCAGCGGCUCAGUCCCCUUCUCCGUUUGCACAUGUUCCACUCAUGGACUUGCUUUUGUAUUUUCUAACCAUACCCACAUGGGGCCUAGAACAGUGAUCAGCUCUUGGAGCCUGGACAGGGACAGGGUAGAUGGUCCAGCCAGGCAUUUGGGCCAUGACUGGAUAGUCUCAGCCCCAGCCCACUCCAGGCUGUGAUACGUGUGGCCCCCGGUUUCCCUGGCUCAGUCCCCUUCUAGUAUGGGGUGAACUGAGGUCCAGAGUAGGAGGCGGAAGGGAGGGAGAAAGGGCAAUCCUCCUUGCUUUCCGCAGUGGCUCAUGGGAAGAAUUUGUCUUUCUUUUCUUUAAGCCCUUUUACCUUGGUCUAUACUGUUCAGUGAAGAAAACUGUGGUUACUGAGGCCCUGUUGAAAAGUGCACGUCUUGUCCAAUAAAUCAUGCUGCAAUUGGUGUCCAUCCCUGA